GUUCUGCUUGUACAUUCACUCACUGAUUGAUAGUACCCACAGCUCACAGAACCGCCAUCUUUUGCCUUUUCUUCGAUCACAGCAAGCAGCAGCCCGGGCACUCCUCUGUUGCCGCACCUCUUGCUAUGCUAUCGAACUAGGUGGCUAGUCCAUUGCUUGCUGCGCCGUAAUAGCGGAUGAAAGGACACCUCAUGGAGAAACCUGCAGGGUAUGUGCAACAGACGCGCACCGCUUCAAUGGGUGAAGAUACAGCAGCAGCAGCAGCACGCGAGCUCGCGCCAGCAAUGCCGCAUAGAUCGAUUGAUCACUCACGCGGACUAUCCAUGCACAGCGCCUGUCAGGAACGCGUCUCGAACGACGUGUGGACUAGUGCUAUAUCUCGGCUACAGGCUCAGGUGUCUUACAACACUGGAAUGCUGGAGUCGCAUCGGCGCCAAUUUACUGAAAUCGAGUCGGCCAUUGGAAGACUCGGUCAGCAGAUGGGCGAAGUCGUGCAUGCUGUAGACGAUGUGCAGCGCGCACUGCGUGCUCGUCCCUUGGCUGGAGAGCAGCUCCCCCGGCACGAUUCGGGCGACCUGGAGGUGCUCGCUGGACAGCUGCAGAGGUUGACGAACCGCGUCAAUGAGAUCGAUGGCUUGAAUAUGCAGCUCGAUCUUGUGAAGAACCGAGUGAAGAGGUUAGAGGAAGGCGGUGCAACAGUGGCCUCGACUCCACAUAAGCCAUCCGCAGAUGCAUAUAGUAGAGAGCAAGCAUCGCAAGAUACAGCAUUACCGACGUAUCCCCAGCAGCAACGUCAGCAAGAAGCUCAUCACUAUCAGCAUCAACAGCAAACCCUGCCGCCACCGCAGCAUGUUCCACUCCCGCCAAUGCGAACCUCUUCAGUGUCAUCACCCAGUGCCAGCCGGCCGCCCUAUUUUCCGGCAGCUUCUACACUGGCAUCGCAAAGUACUCAUUCCCUGCGUCCUUCGUCUGAGUCAAGACCCUUCUCUGCAGAGCAGAAUUCCGGGCAGCCUUCAUCUGGUCCACAGCUUAGGCCUGGGGAGACAUUGCCGCCACCUUCGACUCUCUCUGGCUGGCGGCCAGCAGACCACCAUGGAUUGCCCGCAAUCUCAUCCCCAAAUGCUCCUCCAAGCGCACGGUCGACACCAAGGGAACCAGACGUCCAUUCUAUGCACUCAAGCCAGACGUCUGGGUGGACGUCGGCGGAUGGUAAUGCGGCCGUUAAAAGGCCCCCAGAAGACAGAGCCUCUCCGUAUCAAUCGCCAUCUCUGGACGGGUCAAAGCGACCCAGGCUGGCACCACUGAUGCCAGGGUCGGUGCUAAGGAGCACACAGGGCGCAGAACCCUACGGUACUGCUCACUCUGGCUUUCAGUCCAUGGCUUCAGGUGCAGCCGAAGUGCCAUUCCACCCUCGGAGCCGAGCUCCAUCAGAUGGUACGCAACAGCACUCGGCAGCGACACCUGGACCCUCUUCAGGCCAGCACAGCUUUCGUUUCAUCACUUCUGCGCAGCAAGUGGAUGGGCCGCCCGAAAUGUACCGACCCGACAUGGCGGGUCUAACACAACAUGCACAUUCAAUAGGCGGAGGACGUCGGGGUACCGGUCGAGGUCGUGGACGCGGACGAGGCCGAUUUGGAGCUGAGAGACACGGUAGUGGCCACGAAGGGCAAGAGCAUAGCGUAUCUGACUGGGAGCGGCCCGGGACCCUGACCAGCUUUUCGUCGCCCAGCAGCGGCCAUCAGCCGCUCUAUCCUCAACCUCACUCGCCGCGGUCUGCGUAUAGAAGCACGUCUGGCGGCCGUGUGGGCAGCUUUAUGGGAGGCCUACCGCCUGAAAGACCGAGUGAAUACCCUGCGACGCCAGCGAAUCCCGGUUCUCCGCAUGAUUCGCACUCGAUGCUGCAAGAUCCUACAUCUGGAGGUUCUGGCAAGAAGACGCGAACGAAGCCAAUCAGAAACGCGGAGGGUAUCUUGAUCAGAAAGGAUGGCCGGCCGGAUAUGCGAAGCGUCAGCAGUGCGAACAAUCUCCGCAAAGUGCACGCAAAGAAAGAGGCCGAACGAGCAGAUGUUGAUGGUAAGCAGAUUCCAGUCAAUAACUGCUCACUAGUGUACUGACGAGCGACUGUAGAAGACGGCAAUGCGCUCACCCGCUCCGGUACUCCAACCAGCGCUGCUGCUGGAGACGACGCGUCUGAUGACCCCGGCAGCGAGACGCAAGAACGGCACCGCGAGCUGAUCACUCGGGUAUUCUCUCACCAGGAGGAUACCAACGCAAAUGAGAGAUAUCCCGCGACGAACGAGUUCCCUCGGUCUGUACCGCCGCAAAGUGAAAGCGGGAGCAGAAGCGGUCUAGAAAAGAAGGAGGACGAUGCUCAGAUGGCGGAUGUGGUAAUGCAGAAUUCCGGGUCGCAAGUUGAGGACGCCAAAAGCCACUUUACAGCUUUCACUCAGGAGCAUCCUGUUUCGACUACUGCAGAAGAGCAAGCGAUUACUGCGUAAUGUUGGAUACCUGUACGUUUCGUGCUUCAGCGAGGCAAUGUACAUAGGUAGACUCCGCAAGAUCCAAGGCUGCUGUAUAAUGCUAGACGUCUGCGAAAGCGGGACUGUGUGUUACUUACAGUCUCGGCGGCCAUGCAUAGAACAACACACUCUCCCAAUUGUAAUUCGCAUGUGUCGUUGCAUGCUUCUGAAAAGAUGUUCAACUUUCUUUGUUCACUUGACAGUGAUCAGCCCAAGGCCCUUCCUCGCCUCCAGGCAAGCUUUUCUCAGCCGCUGUUCUUCCACAUCUGUCCACUGAACGCUGAGCUGAUCCCACUUCUUCACUUUGUACUCUUCUUUGAAUUUCUGCUGAAGAGCUUGCAUUUCACGCAUUUCACGCGGAUCUGCAGAGCCGCUAUACACGAUCAAGGCUGUGCAUGCAGGUAAGCUUGCCCAGAUGUGGCGAAUGGAAUCGGCAGUCUGCUUAGC